AUGAUAGAAAACCACCUCCAUGACGUUCUUCGAGACGCGUGGUCCGGCAUCUGCACCUCAGAACAACACGAAAUCGCCAUGAACAAGCUCGUCCAGACUAUCAAUCACACUAUGAGAACCUGGGAGUGCUUAGCCAUUGGCCUCCUCGCCCUCGAUCUCGCAAUCACACUUUACGGCCUCAGCGCUGAGAUCUCGGACGCCGUCAUCCCCAUCUCCGACGAGAUCGUCAUCAUUGCCGUCACCGAACUUCUGGUUCUCAUUCAGCUCCUGCAGAUACUCCUCCCAGUUUACCCUGCGAAUGAGUUCGAAAUGUUUGCCAUUCCGCAGCAAUUGAGAGAGAAGACCGUUUGCAAAUGGGUGAGCGGAGUCUUGGGUCUGCAGGAGGCUGAGUUCCAUGAAAGUCGCCGCCAGACGAAUGAAAACGAGCUCAAGGCAUUUGGUGUCUUUCUCAUUCCUAUAGUAGCCGCUGUUGUAUGGAAGUGGACGAGAGUUCGUCGCCGUCAGAGGGAGAUGGUGAGGGAUGAGGAAGCAGCGAUUGUGGCUCAGGCCUUUCGCAUGUGGGACGCUUGGGGAAGGGAUAAUUGA